GCACGCGACCUUGCACCUCGUGCUCCCUGCGGCACUCGGGUUGACAGUUGCUGGUCAUCUCAGAUGCGAAAUUCAGAUUUGCGUUUGGGACUGUGAGUCACUCAAAGGGGUGAAUCAUGCCUAGGAGGGUCAGCAGAAUUGAGUCCAGAAGAAAGGAGGGAGAACAAGACGACGACUCAUGGAUUACACGCAUCUUCAAUUACAAAUGCUAUAUCACCUUCCUUACUGGCUGUUACAGUUGCCACUGGAAAUUCGUGCGAUGGGAAAAAACUAAACUUGGAUCCUGUUGCUGUACUCGGAGAGAACAAUUCUUUUGCACGGUACUGGUAAUUGCAUUUAUCAUGUCUGCGUUCAUGCUUUUCACAUGGAUAGAAACCUCCAACGAGUACUUUGGCUUUAACUGGGUUGUUUUUCUAGUAACAGGAUCCUGGUUCUUCUGGUCCAUUCUAAUGCUGAGUUUCUUUAUAAUACUGACUGCCUACACUUUAUUGCUGCUGAUACUUGGAAUUUUGUUGCUCCGGGAAAGGAUUGAGCUAUACCUGCACACGUGCCAUAAGAUCCUGAUUUUGGUAGCCAUCCUGCUGCACAUUUUAUUAAUGGUGGUUUUAUUCAAAUUCUGGAAUGAAAGGUGGCUGGUAGUUGGGCUGUCACUGAAGAUCUUUGCGCCUUAUGUGCACCUGAGCUGCAUAAUUCUGAUGGUUAUCAUUUCCUGGCCGCUGACCAUCUACGUGGCAUAUUUGGAAAGAGAAGUUAGAAUAAGAAGAUCCAGGACAUCAUAUUACCAGAAAGAAAGUCUCAAGAAAUAUAAUAUAUUCACAAGAUUAAGAGCUCUACAGUUGGCUAUUGGAUUGCCUUUUAUUCUUAUUCUCAUAUGUCUCUAUGCGAUGCCACUGGGGAUUUACUCUCCCUGCAUUCAGGAGAAGGAGGAGUUGGGGCCUAAGCCAGUCUUUUUUGCACAUAGAGGCUCACCCAUGGCGGGACCAGAGAAUACCAUGAUGGCCUUUGAGAAGUCUGUUGAAGAAGGAGCCUAUGGACUGGAGACUGACGUACAUCUAAGUGUCGAUCAAGUGCCUUUUCUCAUGCAUGACUAUGACUUGAGAAGAACAACCAAUAUCAGAGAAGUCAUGCCAGAGGCUGCCUUUAACCACCCUUCCUCCUUCACUUGGCAUAACUUGUCAAAUCUGAAUGCUGGCGAAUGGUUCGUACGUCCAGCGACCAGACCAUAUUUCAAUAUGGAUUAUCUAACAGAGGAAGAUAAAAAACGAGCAAGUAACCAGUCAAUUCCACAGCUAGCUGAUUUAUUGAAUCUUGCAAAAAAGGAAAAAAAAUUUGUGAUAUUUGAUCUUUUUGGUCCUCCACCAAAACAUCCUCUCAGAAACACGUAUGUCCGUCGGGUAGUAAGCGUGAUCCUUGCUUCUAAAAUUGAACAACAUCUGAUUUUUUGGUUGCCAGGUCAUGAUAGAGAUUAUGUCAGAUACAUGGCCCCUGGUUUUCAGCAUGUGGGCCGUUUAUUCUCUAUUGAACGCCUUACAAAAGAAAAUAUCAGUAUAAUAAAUGUUGACUACAAAAGGUUAUUCCACAAUGGAUUGAAGGAUUAUAAGGCAGCAAACAUCAAUAUAAAUUUGUACCUCGUCAAUGAGCCUUGGAUUUUCUCGCUAGCCUGGUGUUCCAGAAUUAACUCAGUGACAACAGACAACAUUCCAAUCCUGAGUCAGCUUACUCGCCCCCACUUCUUCAUGACUCCGCGGUUCUAUAUGGCCAUAUGGGUCUUGUUGGACAUUGUUUCUGCGGUUAUCAUCUCUGCCAUCUUUUAUUUUCACUGGUGGAGAGAGCUCAAAGAAGAAAAGUUGCUUGAAGCCUCCAGAACUUUCAGAGGUUCUCAAAGUUUAAGUGUCUCAGUGGAACAAAAUGAGGAUCAAGAAGCUUCACACUUAGCUAAUAAGCCUCCUAACAGAGUUGGAGAUAAACCUUGGACCCCAGGUUUACCUAUUACCAACAAGACACACCCAGGCACUUCUCAUGUUGAAGGACUCCUUGAGAAGAAACCAGGGUCUGUGAAGAUCGCUAAGAGCGCUGUUACACCAGUAGUGCGCACCUAGGACUUUAAAGAUAGACAAGUGUGCAACUGGGAGGCUGCUGGUGAAGCUGCCCCUCAAACUGCAUUCCCCAUUGUGAAGACUAAUAAAUCAACAGUACCCUUCACAGAGACCCCCUGACCCUAAAAUACACCAAAAGACACCCAUAUUAGACACCCCAAAGAAUCCAGUGUAACAGUGUAUUCUGCUACAUCCAACAUCCCAUUAUAGGAUGUCAUUCAAAAAUUAGCCACAACCCACCACUCCCUUCUUCCUCUCUGCGCCUAAGAGUAGUGAUGGUGGAGAGUGGUCCACAGGCACAUAAAAAGGGUACUGAGGCUGCCAGGAGCACCGUUCUCAUCCAGCCUUUCUAUAAAUAAUGCAUUUUAAAGGGCAAGGAGAAAACAAUGUAUUUAGUGUUGGAACUCGAGCUGGUUGUUCUCUGGGUUAAUGCUUUCAUAGUAUUUUCUGCUAAAAGAGUGACUGGGGUGAACAUCAGAAUCCAAUAAAGACAACAUUUCAGAAAGCCAGAA